CACCGGCGGCGUCACGCCACCGCCGCACCUCGUCAUCUGCUUUGCAGUCGUGGUGCUCGGUGUUGAACGAUGCGCGGCUGCAAGACGGGUAUGAGGAUGCUGCCCAUGCUGCUGCUGGUGCUCGCUGCCGGCGCGGCGGCGUCGCACUCGUCGUGCCCGGCGACGCCGCCGGACUCGGGGGCCACGCUGCAGGUGUCGCACGCGUUCGGGCCGUGCUCGCCGCUGGGGCCCGGGGCGGCGUCCCCGUCGGGGGCGGGGUUCCUCGCGGACCAGGCGGCGCGCGACGCGUCGCGGCUGCUGUACCUGGACUCGCUGGCCGUCCGGGGCCGCGCGUACGCGCCCAUCGCGUCGGGGCGGCAGCUGCUGCAGACGCCCACCUACGUGGUGCGCGCCCGGCUCGGCACGCCGGCGCAGCAGCUCCUGCUCGCCGUCGACACUAGCAACGACGCCGCGUGGAUCCCCUGCGCCGGCUGCACGGGCUGCCCCACCUCCACGCCCUUCAACCCGGCCGCCUCCACCUCGUACCGCCCGGUGGCCUGCGGCUCACCGCUGUGUGCGCAGGCGCCCAACGCGGCAUCGUGCCCGCCCAACAGCAAGGCCUGCGGCUUCAGCCUCACCUACGCGGACUCCUCGCUGGUGGCGGCGCUGUCGCAGGACUCCCUCGCCGUCGCCAACGACGUCGUCAAGACCUACACCUUCGGCUGCCUGCAGCGGGCCACCGGCACGGCCGCGCCGCCGCAGGGGCUCCUCGGGCUCGGCCGCGGGCCGCUGUCCUUCCUGUCCCAGACCAAGGACAUGUACGAGGCCACCUUCUCGUACUGCCUCCCGAGCUUCAAGUCCCUCAACUUCUCCGGCACGCUGCGGCUCGGGCGCAAGGGCCAGCCGCAGCGCAUCAAGACGACGCCGCUGCUGGCGAACCCGCACCGGUCGUCGCUCUACUACGUGAACAUGACCGGCAUCCGAGUGGGAAAUAAGGUGGUGCCCAUCCCGGCGGCCGCGCUGGCCUUCGACGCGGCGACCGGCGCCGGCACCGUGCUGGACUCCGGCACGAUGUUCACCCGGCUGGUGGCGCCGGCGUACGUGGCGGUGCGCGACGAGGUCCGGCGCCGCGUGGGCGCGCCGGUGUCGUCGCUGGGCGGGUUCGACACGUGCUUCAGCGACCCCGCGGUGAAGUGGCCGGCCGUGACGCUGCUGUUCGACGGGAUGCAGGUGACGCUGCCGGAGGAGAACGUGGUGAUCCACAGCACGUACGGGACCACCAGCUGCCUGGCCAUGGCGGCGGCGCCCGACGGCGUGAACACGGUGCUCAACGUCAUCGCGAGCAUGCAGCAGCAGAACCACCGCGUCCUCUUCGACGUGCCCAACGGACGCGUCGGCUUCGCGCGCGAGCGCUGCACCGCCGCCUAGAUUCUUCUUCUUCUAUGGCUUGCAAUUGGUCAUCAUAUCGUUGUUGGUUUCCAAUUCUUUUUUAGUCUAGUACUCUAGUGAGCGUCUCCGUCCGUCAGGAUGUUUUGUUCUUCUGUUCAGGAUUCAUAUUUCCUCGCGUUGAUUUUGAUUCAGUGCUAGCUGCAUUCAUACUUUGAGGUGGUGGGGUCUUAAGAACUUUGAAGUGCAUGUACUGCGUGAUGUAUGCCGGUUCUUAUUUAUUUUUUAAUUAUGGGCUGGAAUAAUUCAGUUUGUUUUUUUAAA